CAAGAACAGAUAAUACCUUGUUUUACAACUUUGAUAAGUUUUAUUAAAUGGAACCGAAUUUUGCAAGCAAAGCUAAGGAGUGAUAUUGGUAAUUCAUUUCAAAUGGGUUCGUAUGAGUCAGUGUUCGAUACUACAGAGCAACCUCAGCCGUUAACAAUUGAGAAAUUGUUUGCGUUUCUUCAGGAACAUUUUCAUGAAUAUCAUGAGCCAAAUAAUUUGUACUCAGUUUUGCCCAUUAUUUAUCGGUGUCUCCAACGAAAUAAAAAUGAUACGAAAGGAACCAUUGAUGUUGGUGGACCUUUAUUAGAAUUAUUAAGGCAACGUAAGGAUAACGAAGAUGAUUUUGAAAUUGCAAUACAAAUUACGUACCAAGUGCUUUGUACUAUAUUUGAAUUAGACACUCAGGUGUUUAAGCUUAAUGGGGAGAUGAUUCUCUUUCUCACCGAACUAACGCCAACAAUCCAAAGGAAGCAACUAAUAACAAAAACUGUGCUUUGUAUUCAAUAUUAUUUGAAAAAUUUUGACGAAGACUACCUGAUAGUAAAAGAAGUUUGGAACAUUGUGAAACAGCGUGCAUCAGCAUCAAUGAUAUUAAUAAUUGCGGACUUUGAAAUUUUAGUACAAAUGAUAGAUUUGUUAAGGGAGUCUGAACAUGAUAUUUUUAAUGGACCAUAUUUUUUGGCCACUACGAAGCAUUUACUCAAUUCAGACGAUCGAUUCGAACGAAAAUGUGGUCGCUGGUUAUUAAAGAGAUCCGUACAUUGGCUUACGAAUCAAAUCUCUGUGGCUUGGAUGCCCAAGGUAAAUGAAAGCGUAGAAAUAUCUUGGUUGAUAUAUAUGACAAUACUGGAAAGUCUUGAGGAGGAGCAAACACAUUUAAUAUUGCCAUCGUUGCAUAACUUAAAUGAACUGCGUAAUUCAGGAACGAUUCAAGAUGAUUGGCUAGAAAUACUAUACUCGCGACUACUUAAGCACAGCAAUGUUUUGGUGAAACGCUGGGCAAUAGAGUAUUUUAUGUCAAUAUUCACUAGUAAUGAUUUGAGCACAGAAGUAUUGAAGCAGGUGCUGGAGAUAUCAAACUCGAAUUAUUUUUAUAAUCGUGAAAAUUAUUUUCUACAUUGCGACCAUUUUGCUCAUUUUCUUAGCAAGAUAUCACAGCUGUUUUAUACUUUAUUUGGUGACAUCAAUUGGCAGUCGGUGCCAAUGUAUACGUGGCUGAAAUGCCUUAAUGAUCAGACAAAAAUGAAUAAUGCUGAGCCGACUUACGAAAGCUUGAUUCAAAUAGCGUCAAGAGUAAGAGCUUUACGAAAUUAUAAUAUACGCGAGAAGGCUAUAGAUAUGAUGAACAAAUGUUUUGCGAACGAGUUGGAAAAGAUGUCAUUGAAAAAAUAUAUAAAUUUUGUGGAAGCAUUAUAUAAUCCCACAGACAUUUUUUCACAAUAUGAUUUACUAUUUAAUAAGCCACUCGACGCUGACCUUUGGGAACCGGAGACGUCUUUCUCAGAACGUCUUCUUCUGAUUUUAUGCAGCAAUGUGAAGGAACUCGAAACAGCAUUAUUUUCUUUAUUAAAGUUUUUACAAGCCAUCCCAAAGGAACAACAUGGAUUUUUGAGUUUCAUUUCCUUUUAUAUUAAAGAUGCCAGUAAACAUACUCACAUUUUCUUGGAACUAUAUGAUUUAAAUCUAGAAACACUAGACACUUCCGAUCUCUCUCAUGUUAUUGAUGAUUUUACAAAAAAGUUGGUUUGGGACACGAGCAAUGAACGGCAAAGAGUACAAGCAUUUUAUGCGGCUGUCACCUACUACUUGAAUCAUUUUCCAAAAGAAGCCUGCGUUAAAUUUGAGAAAACAUCUGCGAUAGUACUUAACUCUUCUGAUUUACCGCCUUGUACUUUAAGUUUAUUUUCCACACUCAUAAAUAGUGCAGUCCACGUGAACAGAUGGAUUAUCGAUCAAUUAAUUGAUCAAUUACAAACAGUAAAAGGCGAAUGCAUUAUUCAGAAAAUAUUUUGGGAAAUUAUGGUUUACAUUAACAAGAAUAACGAUAAAGGAAUAUUGGAAAUUUAUGGAGAAAAACUGAUAGCGAACUAUCCAAAAUGCCACCUUUUAUAUAUGUCUUCUAUUCAGAUGUCUAACCUUUUAAAAAUGUUUGAUAAAAAUCUAUUGCUCAGCGGAAACUUUGUAAAUGGUGACCCCAGAAUUGAAGCGGUUUUUCAAUAUUACGAGUUCGGGAACCAGCCUGACGAAGCUAUUCUCAGAUUUUUGUGGUUGGUUGCUUUAAAUGCACAUGGCGAUAAAUCAUAUAUUAAGUUUUUGUUAGAUUGUCACAAAGAAUGUACGAAGAAGAAACCUCGAUAUUACGAGCAUUCUCGUGAACAUCGAUCAAAAUUUCGCAUCGCUUGUGGUAUUUAUAUUUUAUACGAAAAGCUAAAAGGAGACGACAAUAUUCUAGAUGAGAUUUGGAAAAUUUUACUCAACGAAAAUAAUCAACCUGACGUAGCAUUCAUUUAUGAACACAUUGUCGGCUAUUUUGAACAACGAUUUGAGAUCUUAUUAGCUUAUCUUCAAAAGAUGCCAGCUUUAACUGCAAGUCAGCAAAUUACAGUUGCGGUUAUAACCAAUCACUUUUGCUUAAGAGACGAAUUGUUGCAAUUGGAGCAAUUAAAGGAAAUAAUACAAAAUUUAUUACCUUUCGUUAUGGGAUCGAAUUUUCAAACUCGACUUUAUUGCCAAUUAAUUUUAUGGAAUAUAAUGACGAAAUAUAAUGCAAUAUUUAACAGCGACAAUCAAAUGCAUGCCUUAAUGCAACAACUAAUGCAAGCUAUUAUGUUGGCAACAAAUGGAAAUGUCGAUGAACAUUUAAAAGAUGUGCGUUUGAUACCACUACGAAAGUCCGCAAAUGAUGACUUUUAUUUCUUAAAAGUUAUAACCUAUGUAACGUGCGUUCCUUUCGAUGAACUGUAUCUUGGUAGAGAAAUGAUUGUUUUUGAAGACGCUAAACUUUUUGAACAAUGUAAAGUGAAUUUUCUGAAAAAAUACAAUAAAAAACGUGCAAAUACUUCAGAAAUUGAAGAUGAACAUAAAAAAUCUAAUGUAAACAAUUCCAUACAAAGGAAAAUGAAUCCCGUAAACAAUAUUUUAACAGAAACGGAUUUAAUUACUUAUUCGAGCGCUAAUCCCGCAUCAAAUAUGUACGUAGUGGCUAGUCUUAUCGACAAACUACCAAAUUUAGGUGGCAUAGCUCGAACAUGCGAAGUAUUGGGCAUUAAAAAUUUUGUAAUCAACUCUAAAAUGCAUAUUGAAAAGCCGGACUUCAAAAAUUUAAGCAUGACAGCUGAGAAGACGUUAAACAUUGCUGAAGUUCAACCAAAAGACUUGACUCUGUUUCUGCUGAUGAAACAAUUGCAAGGUUACAAAAUUAUUGGAGCCGAACAGACCUGCACUAGUGAAUCUUUUCACACUUUUAAAUUUCCUCAAAAAUGUGUCUUGUUAUUGGGGCAUGAAAAGGAUGGCAUUCCCGCUUCUUUAUUGGGAUUGUUAGAUUAUAUAGUAGAAAUUCCGCAAUCUGGAAAUGUUAGGUCAUUAAAUGUUCAUGUAACUGCAGCUUUGUUUAUGUGGGAGUAUUGCAAACAACAUAUUUUAUCACAAGCGAUUAACUAAAUUGCGUAACUAUUUGAUUUCUUAAGCACAUAUUCGUGAUUAAGUGCGUAAACUUAAGUGGAACGUUUUUAUUUUUAACAUAUUAAGCUAAGUGAAUUAUUGGAUAUGGAAUAAAUAUCUGACCGACAUUUUUUUAUAUAAUGCAA